AUGAGGCCGGUGACGGAGGAAGAUCGAGAAGCAGCAGUCGCCAAGGCAGAAGAACUCGCUGAGGCGGUGAAAGCCAAGGCAGAGGCGGACGAGGCUGCGCGCAUUGCUGCGGAGGAGGAAGCAGCAGCAGCUGCUGCUGCGGCGGCGGCGGCACAAGAAGAGGAGACGGGAUGA